CGAAUCCGUUUUGUGAUGCAGUAAAUAAAAGAUAAAUCACUGAGUAAUGAGACCGGAACAUCCAAUAUAAAUGCCAAGCAAGCUGUGGAUUAGAUUAUAUCAGACAUAAAUAUUGUGUAACAAAUAUGAACACAUACCUUGGAUUUAUUCUCGUAUGCUUAGCGUUAACGACGCUUGGACAAGAAGACGCUGAGGUGAAAACAUGUGAUUCGAGUGAUACAGAAGCGUUGACGAAAAGUAUGAAUGCAUUUGCGAUAGAUUUGUACAAGGAAAUUGUAAAGCAGAAUAAGGGAAAUGAUACUGAGAAUGUCUUCAUAAGUCCAAUCAGUAUUUCAAUGGCAUUGUCAAUGAUGUUAUUAGGGACAGCCGGGGAUACGAAGACACAAAUGGUUGAGACACUUCACCUAAAGGACACACCUGGCGACAUUUUCCACUCAGCAUAUGCGUGCUUGAAAGAUUUCCUCUUCAAAGAUAGAAAAGCAUUUGCACUGCAAUCCGCGAACAAGUUAUAUCGAGACAAGACUCUGAAAGUGAAGGAACCAUUUCUUGAAUCUUUAAACAAAUUCUACGAUGGUGCAAUUGAGGAGUUGGACUUUAAAGACAGCGAAACGAGUACCAAAAUUAUUAACAAUUGGGUAGCAGAACAGACCAUGCAAAUGAUUAAAGAGGUCCUAGUACCGGGCGACAUAGACACUAUGACAAUCAUGGCGUUGGUAAACGCUAUAUACUUUAAAGGCAGUUGGGUCAGUCAGUUCAAGCCAGAAAACACCAAAGAACGGAUUUUCCACAGACUUGAUAAAACUACCACCCCAGUUACAAUGAUGCAUCAGCCUGAAGCGUUCCUGCAUGUAUCAAGCCCGGAUCUAAAAGCUCAAAUUUUAGAGCUCCCAUACGUCCAAGAAAAAAAAGAUAAGAACGCCCCAAAAUUAUGCAUGGACAUUAUCCUCCCAAAUGAAAAGGAUGGCUUGCGAGACACCGAGUCGAGACUUACAAGUGAACUGUUUAAAGAAGAGCUUUAUUUUCUUAACGCAAAGCCUGUCUAUGUCGAUCUGCCACGGCUAAAAUUAAAAUCGAGGUACGAAAUCUCAAGUAUGCUGGAAACACUGGGAAUGAGAGAUCUGUUUUCCUCGAAAGUUGAUUUGACGCCUUUUAGCGACGACCCCAGAGUCGACGUGUCCAAGGUAAUUCACGAAGCUGUUGUAGAGAUGGACGAGAAAGGAACAGAAGCUUCGGCUGUAACAAUUUUAACAGGAGGAAGAUCAGGUAUCUCUUCACCAGUGCACUUCACAUGUGAUCAUCCGUUCAUAUUCAUCAUACGGGACACAACGACCAACACCAUUUUGUUUAUGGGGAGAGUGACGAACCCAGAACUGCGACCAAACAUACAGAUAGACGACGAGCCGUUAGAUCUCGAUGAACCAAAUGGUGAUUCCAAGAGGGACAGGCGUAAGGAGUGUAAGAUGGCAUGCAGAAAGAAGUGCCGGGCUGAUUGUAAAGAGAGUAUGGAACUAGAGAAAGGCUUCAAGACGGACGCGGCCACAUUCCUGGAAUAUAAGGACUGCAAACGACCGUGUAAAGAAACUUGCUUCGCAGCAUGCAGAGUCUGAUUAGUUGUUAACAGUGGAGAAGGAAUAAUGUGUACUGGCUUCCGUAUAUUGAGUCAAUACUUAUGAAAAUUUGUAUUUUCUUAAGAUUACCCUUUUGUAAUAAAUUAAUUACACAAUCCUAUUGAUUGAGUUUUAAUUCUAUCUAUACUAAACCCCCAGUGGUUACCAGACCCUGGACUGCCUUAAAUAAUGAAGUGUCGUUGUGCGGUACUCCGUGACA